GAUUACACAAAUGGACCACCGGGCUCUGCUCCAGCAGGCCUGAUGGAGGCGUGAAAGGGCAGAGGACCCUUUCCUGCCCCAGGCGGGCGGGAGGGAGCGUAGCUCUUCGCCGUGACCUUGGUCACCCUCCUGCAUUAGUUCCGCGCCCUGGCUGUUUGGCAGGCUGUCUCUAUGGCUACCGGAAUAAACAGCAGAUAAUAGCGCUGCAGCCUCCAAGCAGCACUGCAGUCUGGAGACCAGGAGGGAGCAGGGCUUCACCGGGUAGCCUGCCACAGCUCACCAGACGCACUUCAGGCGCAAAGGUCAGCAUGGCUGGAAGCACUGACGUGGCAGCGCUGGAAGAGAGCUUCCGGAAGUUUGCAAUCUAUGGAGACACCAAAGCUACAGGGCAAGAAAUGACUGGGAAAAACUGGGCCAAACUGUGCAAGGAGUGUAAAGUAAUGGACGGCAAAGGGGUCACUGGCACAGAUGUGGACAUCGUCUUCUCCAAAGUGAAAGGGAAGACAGCCAGAGUCAUUGGUUACGAGGAAUUCAAAAAGGCCCUAGAGGAGCUGGCCCCAAAGAGGUUUAAGGGCAAGAGCAAGGAGGAAGCGUACGAAUCCAUCUGCCAGCUGGUGGCAGGGAAGGAACCGACCAACGUAGGCGUCACUAAAGCCGCGACCGGCGGGGCGGUGGACAGGCUGACGGACACCACCAAGUACACGGGCUCGCACAAGGAGCGCUUCGAUGAGAGUGGCAAGGGCAAAGGGAAGAGCGGGCGGGAGAACAUUGUAGACACCAGCGGCUACGUGGGGGCCUACAAGAAUGCCGGCACCUACGACGCAAAAGUGAAGAAAUAGGGAGAACUGGAAGUGCCACCGACCCUCCCAGGCCCAGGCACCCCACAGCCUCUAGGCCUUCAAUCACAUCAGCCUUGGGAACUGGCCUGAAUGGCACAGGCCUCCUGAGACCGUGCUGGGCCCAGCUCCUAGCCACGGAGCCAUGGCUGAUAGGCCUCCUGUCACCAAGGGCUGAUGUGAUUAGAAACGGACCUGGCCUUGCACUUUGCUCCCAACGUUACAUCAACUCCAGAUGUGUUGUGAGCCGUGUCCCUCCUGCUAGCGCUAACGAAACCUUCUCCCCGUGCGCCCCGGGGCACCACGCCCCUCCUGCUAGCGCUAACGAAACCUUCUCCCCGUGCGCCCCGGGGCACCACGCCCCUCCUGCUAGCGCUAACGAAACCUUCUCCCCGUGCGCCCCCGGGGCACCACAUCCCUCCUGCUAGCGCUAACGAGACCUUCUCCUCAUGCGCCCCCAGGCACCACGUCCCUCCUGCUAGCGCUAACGAAACCUUCUCCCCUGUGCGCCCCUGGGGCACCACGUCCCUCCUGCUAGUGCUAACGAGACCUUCUCCCCGUGCGCCCCCGGGGCACCACGCCCCUCCUGCUAGCGCUAACGAAACCUUCUCCCCGUGCGCCCCCGGGGCACCACGCCCCUCCUGCUAGCGCUAACGAAACCUUCUCCCCGUGCGCCCCCAGGGCACCACGCCCCUCCUGCUAGUGCUAACGAGACAUUCUCCUCGUGCGCCCCCAGGGCACCACGCCCCUCCUGCUAGUGCUAACGAGACAUUCUCCUCGUGCGCCCCCAGGGCACCACGCCCCUCCUGCUAGUGCUAACGAGACAUUCUCCUCGUGCGCCCCCAGGGCACCACGCCCCUCCUGCUAGCACUAACGAAACCUUCUCCCCGUGCGCCCCCGGGGCACCACGCCCCUCCUGCUAGUGCUAACAAGACCUUCUCCCCGUGCGCCCCCGGG